AUGUUUGCCGAGUGCAGAAGCACUCCCGGGAGCAACAGAAAGAUGCAGGGAGUAACCCGCUUCUCAAACUAUGUUAUCUGUGCAAAUAUAAUUAUAGACCCCGAGUCACACGGUGGAAGGUGUGGGUUCUUCCCGGCCCCAGCUGUUACAGAACCCGAAGGUGCCAAGGGCGACGGGGAGAGGGAAGGCUUCUGGGACGGGGCUGCCGGGUCACUCCUGUUCCUGCUGCUGCUGCUGUCAGACCUGCUCCUGUGCAAGAGCGUGGCCUCCCUGCCCAUCUGUCCCAGCGGGGCGGUCAACUGCCAGGUGUCCCUGCGGGACCUGUUCGACCGCGCGGUCAUCCUGUCUCACUACAUCCACAACCUGUCCUCGGAAAUGUUCAACGAGUUUGAUAAAAGGUAUGCCCAGGGCCGGGGGUUCAUUACCAAGGCCAUCAACAGCUGUCACACUUCCUCCCUCCCUACCCCUGAGGACAAGGAGCAAGCCCAACAGAUCCAUCACGAAGACCUUCUGAACGUGAUACUCAGAGUGUUGCGGUCCUGGAAUGACCCCCUGUAUCACCUCGUCACGGAAGUGCGAGGACUGCACGAAGCCCCCGAUGCUAUUCUGUCCAGAGCCAUUGAGAUCGAGGAGCAAAACAGGAGGCUUCUAGAGGGCAUGGAGAAGAUAGUGCACCAGGUUCAUCCCGGAGUCAGAGAAAACGAGGUCUACUCCGUCUGGUCCGGACUCCCGUCCCUGCAGAUGGCUGAUGAAGACUCUCGCCUCUUUGCUUUUUAUAACCUGCUCCACUGCCUACGCAGGGAUUCACAUAAGAUUGACAGUUAUCUCAAGCUUCUGAAGUGCCGAAUUGUCUACGACAGCAACUGCUAAGCCCGUAUCCGUCCCAUCUAUUUCUGGAAGGGUCCCUAAUGAUCCGUCCCUCAGCAAGCUCCUCUUAGUGUUAUAGCUUUUUAAUGCGCGCAUGGGUGUAAUGGGUCUCAUCUUAAAAAAUAAAAACGGACUCC